AUGAAAAGCUUUCUUUCCUGGACAGUCUUGACAGUCCUUGUCCUGGUGCACAUCUCCCAGGCAGUCUAUGUUCAGGAUGGAGACUUGAAAUUCCCCCUGGAAUCUGUGAAGAAGCUGAAGGAGCUCAUGGAUGGGAACAGACACAUCAACCCUCGCAUGAUGGUUCCCAUGGCCAGCUAUUCCCCAUGCCAAGAAAAACACCUCCCUGAGGAAUUCUGGCCGGUGUGCAAGAGGGAAGAUGCACCCAUGAUUUUUAGGAGGCUGAGUCUGGCUGCCGAGGAUGACCUGUGUGAGAUCUGUGCCAAUGCUGCCUGUGCCGGCUGCUUCUGAGAAAGUGGAAAAACCCACACAAGACCAUUUGGGAAGUUUGUGCAUUCCUGUGACAAGAUCAUGUACUUUCACCAAUCAAUAUUCCUGGGCUUCUUCUCCCACUCCAGCCAAACUGGAACUCCCCGCUCAUGGGGACAUCCCUUCACUCUUGCAGCACCUGGAUCAGGUGCCACUACCAGAGCAGUUUUGCCAUCACGGAGGUUGUGACUCCUCUGAAAGGUGGAGGUGCAGCAGAAGUUCUGUGACGCUGGAAUGGAAAUGCCCUGUGUUUCAUUUCCCACUAUUUUGCCUGGAUUUGAACAAGCUGAGUGAAACUCAGCAUCACCUGAAGCCUUUUUAAUAGCUAAUAUUUAAUACCUAUUAUUUAAUGUCCCAUAAGUAGUAUCUAAUCAUUAAUAUCAGCCUGUGAUUUGGCCUUCCCUACACAACAUCACUGGGUUGUUCCCUUUUCCAGUCCCUCCUUCCCAGUGUGUUGGAUCCCUUUCCCUUCCACCUGUCUGCAGGAGACACUUUUGAGUUUGUAGCAGAACUGCAACAAAUAACUUGAGACAAAUUCCUGGUGUUUAGGAACACUCUGACAGCCACAAAUCAGACUGUUCCUUGUACUGAUUGUUGUUGAUUUAGGGAGUGGGCGUAGAGGAGCACAGGAAGACUUCUUCCCUGGUUGGAUAUCAAGGUUCUUUAAACUCUCUUUGGGAGAAAGGAAUUACAAAGUGCAGUGCUAGAGUCACAGCGAAAUGAAAGCAUUGCCUGUUGUUUUAUUUAUUGGUGGCAAGAUUGUGAAGAAAUGAUCUGC